GAACGAAAACAUUUAUUUAAAUUUGUCUUUUCCACAUUUAAAUGACAAAAGUCAUAAGACAAACAUUACUGCUCCCUCAGCAGGCUCACCAUCUUCUUCCAGCACCAUUCCAAGCUCCAGCUCCUCCCCAACCUCCGGCAUUGCCUGCACCCCAAGCUCCAGCACCUCCCCAUGCUCCUGCUCCAGCUCCAGCUCCAGCUCCUGCACCAGCUCCACCCCAUCCUCCAACUCCAGCAGCACCAGCUCCACCCCAUCCCCCAGCUCCAGCAGCACCACCUACUCCACCAGCACCAGCUCCACCCCAUCCCCCAGCACCAGCACCACCAGCUCCACCCCAUCCCCCUGCGCCUCCUACGCCUCCUGCACCUCCUGCACCACCCCAAGCACCAUUUACACCACCCCAUGCUCCUUGAGCACCCAAACCUGCAGCUCCCCAUCCACUUGGGCUGGCUUCAGCCACCACAAGAAGGGAAACUACGGCGAUAAGGGCUAUUUUGAACAUUGUUCUACAGUUGGUUAAGACUUCAGAUUCUAAUCAAAACUGAUGAAGUA